AUGAUGAACCGAUCACUUCUUCGCGCAGCUGUGCGCUCAAUUCAGGCUGGUCCUACCUCUGUGGCAGGCCGCCGGUACGCCUCCUCGGCCGUCUUCAACUGGGAAGAUCCCCUCGCCGCAGCGGAGCUGUAUACGGAGGAGGAACUCGCAAUCCAGGAUACAGCACGCCAAUACUGCCAGGAUAAGCUUGCGCCCCGCAUUUUGGAGGCCUAUCGCAACGAGGAUUAUGACCGUCGAAUCUUAGAAGAGAUGGGUGAACUGGGUCUCCUCGGCGCUUCAAUUGAAGGAUACGGAUGCGCCGGUGUCAGUACCGUGGCAUCGGGCCUCAUCACCAAGGAAGUCGAGCGCGUGGACUCGGGAUACCGAUCAGGCAUGUCAGUUCAGAGCUCGCUAGCUAUGACCGGUAUCUACGAGUUCGGUACGGAAGAGCAAAAGCAGCGCUUCCUUCCUAAUCUCGCUAAGGGCAAAAUUUCCGGCUGCUUCGGUUUAACAGAGCCCAACCAUGGCUCUGACCCUGGCUCCAUGGAGACCGUGGCUCGCGAGCAUCCCACCCAGAAGGGCAUGUACCUGCUCUCCGGCAGCAAGACGUGGAUCACGAACUCUCCCAUCGCCGAUAUCGCGCUCGUAUGGGCUAAGCUCGAUGGAAAGAUCCGUGGGUUUAUCGUGGAGCGUGAGCGUGCGACCCCUGGGUCGUACGAGACCCCCGCUAUCAAGAAUAAGAGUGCCCUGCGUGCUUCCAUCACUGGUAUGAUCCACAUGGAUAAUUGUCCCGUACCAGCGGAGAAUAUGCUGCCCGACGUCGAGGGUCUCAAGGGUCCGUUUACGUGCUUGAACAGUGCCCGCUUGGGAAUUGCCUUUGGUGCUAUGGGUGCCCUGGAGGAUUGUCUUGCCCGUGCGCGCGAGUACAGUCUGGAACGCAAGCAAUUCAAGGGCAACCCGCUUGCCAAGUACCAGCUUAUUCAGAUGAAGUUGGCUAACGCGGCUACUGAUGCUGCUUACGGAACUCUGGCUGCGGUUCAGGUGGCUCGUCUUAAGGAUGCUGGCAAGGCUACACCUGAGAUGAUCUCGAUGAUCAAGCGUCAGAACUGUGACCGUGCUCUGGCUAAUUCCAGAACUCUGCAAGAAAUCUUUGGUGGCAAUGCCGCCAGUGACGAGUAUCACAUUGCCCGCCAUGUGGCCAACCUGUUUGUGGUGCAGACCUACGAGGGUCAAAGUGAUAUCCACGCUUUGAUCCUGGGCCGUGCCAUUACGGGCAAGCAGGCCUUCGUGUAA